AGAGCACUGCGAAUGGCCCACGGGCCCAAGCCCAACAUCACCGGCUUCAACAUGCGAGCCUUCAAGGAGGCCACCGGCCAGCCCCGAUACGACCCUUGGGAGAGAGCCGAGGCAUGGCGAUACAAGGGCACCUUUUCCCGCUGGAACAGAUUCAGAAGCGGUUUCCCCGGGCUGGGAAUCGCCACGGUUGCGUUUACUGGAUACUGCGGCUACGAGUACCUCUUCCUGAAGGAUGAGCACCACGGCGAGGGUCACGGCGAGGGUCACCACUAAAGCGUUGUUUUGUUCUGCGACGGCGGCAUUGUUGGAAAGAUGGUUUUUAAAGAGGCAAAGCGGGAUUGAAAAUGAGAAAGGGAGCAAGUGUACAUAUAUAUCUGCUGGAAGAGAAAUAGGGAGGAAAAAAAAGAGCUUGGGAGACGAUUUACGCUGGGCAAAGAAUCAACACAAAUAUAAACUCAAUUUAAGAAUAC